AUGCUCCGUACCACUCUCGCAAAGACCAUCCGCCCCGCCGUCCAGGCUCGCACGCCGGCCCUCGCACGCUCCGUGCAGACGACCGCCGACUCGGCGCGCGCGAUCGACACCUCGGGCGACAAGGUCAAGGUCCAGCUCCACGAGGAGUACUUCAAGGCGUACCGAUGCGACACGCCCUCGCUCGAGAUGGAGGUCCCCAAGAACCAGCUCGUCCAGGUCUACAAGGACAUGGUCGAGAUGCGCCGUAUGGAGAUGGCCUGCGACCAGCUCUACAAGGCUAAAAUGAUCCGUGGUUUCUGCCACCUUGCCAUCGGCCAGGAGGCUGUCUCGGUCGGCAUGCACCAUGCCAUCAAGCCCGACGACAAGAUCAUCACCGCGUACCGCUGCCACCCCUUCGCGGCGUUGCGAGGUGGAUCGGUCAAGGGUGUCAUUGCUGAGCUCCUCGGUCGCGUCGACGGCAUGUCGCACGGCAAGGGUGGCUCGAUGCACAUCUUCACCCCUACUUUCUUCGGCGGCAACGGUAUCGUCGGCGCCCAGGUCCCUCUCGGUGCAGGUAUCGCCUUCGCGCAGCAGUACCUCGGCCAGGACAACGAGCACGCGACCUUCGCCAUGUACGGAGACGGCGCAUCGAACCAGGGUCAGGUCUUUGAGGCGUACAACAUGGCCAAGCUCUGGAACUUGCCGUGCGUGUUCGUGUGCGAGAACAACUUGUACGGCAUGGGUACCUCGGCAGCGCGCUCUUCGUCCAACACCAAGUACUACCAGCGCGGCGAUUUGAUCCCCGGUAUCCAGGUCAACGGUAUGGACGUCCUCGCGGUCAUGAAGGCCGUCCGCUUCGCCAAGGAGUGGACGACGAGCGGCAAGGGACCCCUUCUCCUCGAGAUGGUUACCUACCGGUACGGUGGCCACUCGAUGUCGGACCCGGGCACGACCUACCGCACACGUGAGGAGAUCCAGCACAUGCGCUCGUCGAACGACCCGAUCACCGGCCUGAAGAACAACCUCCUCGAGUGGAACGUCAUCGAGGAAUCGGCGCUCAAGAAGAUUGACAAGGAGGUCCGCGCGACGGUCGAGAAGGCGGUGGAGGAGGCCAAGAAGAGCCCCGAGCCGAGCCAGGAGAAGGACAUGUGGACCGACAUCUACUACAAGGGUACCAACCCGAUGUGGCUCCGUGGUCGCGAGCGUGAGGAGGUCCACCACUACCAGGACUCGGACCUCCUCCCGAACGGCCCCAAGCAGUUCGGCGCUGGCGGCAACACCCAGAUGGAGUCGAUGACCUCGACCGUCUAA